AUGCGUAGGGCCGACGCUGCGGGGAGAGGAGGGCGGAAGGCGUCGACCAAGAGCAGGAAGAAGAGCAAAGCAUGGAGGAAGCAGAGCUCUCUGCUAGACUACGAGAACUUUCAGUUUGAGGAGACGAACGACGUGGAAGAUCGAGAGGAGGGUAAGAGGAGGGAGAAGGAGCAGGAGUGGGAGACCUUGCAAGCAACGUUGAAGUUGGACAAGGUGGAGCAUGUCGCUAUGCUCAAGGAGUUCUGGGAGGAUCUCAGAAGCUCGUCCAAGGCAGAGGAAGAGAGCGCACAUGAGGAGGAGGGUAGCAAGCGGUUGACGCCUGACGUUACGAGGAGGGUAGAGGAGCUCGUGCAGCUAAUCCCCAUGGCUAGCAAAGACUCGACGCUCUUCAAGCUCCUGGCGGAGCUCCGGCGGAUCCUGCAAACUGAUUCUCACAAGUUUGUCUCUGCCUACCUCCGACUCAAGUUCUUCUCCGACAUGAAAGUCUUGCAGCGACUGAGCCAGGCUUUUGUCAAGGGUCUAGAGGAGAAGGAGGAGUCCGAGCUCUUGAGCUCGCCGAUCAGGCGCAUCAUCCCAACAGACAGCAAGGCUGAGUUGAUUCACUUAUUCUACAUCUUAAGCACGGAUAGGAGCAUCGCGCUGCUGCUGUCAGAAACCCCCGAGGUUCUUGACACCUUGGCCUACAUCUUGUCGUCCAAGACCUUCAAGGAAGACGUCAUGCAUCUCGCUCACACGAUCUUCUGCCGCCUCCGAGCAGCAAAGGAUCGCAUGUGGGAGCGAACGGCUAUCCGGUCAUCCAACCUCUCUACCCUCCACUCCCUCGAGCUUCACGUCCUCGAUCGCGCCGCUCCUAGACAAGCCCACAAGGUCGGGGGUGCAGCCAUCAGUCGACCGUUGGAGAGAGGCGCAGCUGCAGCUCAGAGACAGUCCAAGGCUGCCUUCCUUCCCAGCAGAACAUGA